UGCAAUUUAAGUUAAGUCAGUCUGCACUAUUCAGAGUUCAGAAAUCAAAACAGCAAUUAAAUACUUUGCUGAGGAACACACAAAUACGCACACAUCCCGCAGAUAGACACCGAAUAGCUCUGUAAAAGCACCAGACCAACCCUCCCUGUCUCCCGUGGGGGGAGCGUUAGACCUCUACUUCGUUGUCAAAGGCAAAAAGGAGAUUUCUGCCUCCAUCAGUGGAAUAAACCAGGUCCCUAGGGAGAAGUAAUUGUGAAAGGUACUCAUAUUACUGACUCUGUGUGUGGUUUUCCCUCCAACAUAAAGCACAGCUUCCUCCUUCCCACCCCUUUGCCUUGCUUGGGAAUAGCUGAUUCUAGGGGCUGAGCUUGGAGAGGAGGAAAUGGGAGCAACGUGUGUUCCCAGGGCCGAGCUGGGGCUCAUCCCACUGUGCACAAAGUAUUGCCUUCUUUCCAGGAAAAAGCACCCCUGGGGACGGAGGGACGACUCCUCCGGAUGUGAUUUUGCCAGGUGGACAAACGCUUGACAAUUCAGUACAUCUUAACAAGUGCUUGGUGCCACAAGGGAGGAACCCGGAAACGUUGAUUUUGAGGAGUUACGUGAAAGUUUCCUGCCACCGUGGCACCCGUUACUACAGCAGAGAAAAUGUUGGCAGUGUAUUUUGAUAGCCCAGGAGGCCCAGAGAAUCUCUAUGUGAAAGAAGUGAUGAAACCACAUCCAGGAGAAGGAGAAGUGCUUGUGAAGGUCUCUGCCAGUGCUCUGAAUAGGGCUGAUUUACUCCAGAGGAGAGGGAAGUACCCUCCCCCAAAAGGAGCAAGUGAGAUUUUAGGCUUAGAAGCAGCUGGGAUUGUGGCUGGGUUUGGACCUGGUUGCAAGGGCCGGUGGAAGAUUGGCGAUGCAGUAAUGGCUCUGCUCUCCGGAGGUGGCCAUGCAGAAUAUGUUACAGUACCUGAAGGCUACCUGAUGCCCAUUCCAAAUGAUAUGACUUUUAUUCAGGCUGCAGCCAUUCCCGAAGCCUGGCUGACAGCCUUUCAAUUGCUGCAUUUUGUAGGUAAAAUGCAGAAGGGUGAGACAGUGUUGAUCCACGCUGGAGGUAGUGGUGUUGGUAUAGCAGCCAUUCAGCUGGUAAGACUGGCAGAAGCUAUUCCCAUUGUAACAGCAGGAACUCAAGAAAAACUCAAAGCAACAGCGAACUUUGGAGCAGCUGCAGGGUUCAACUACAAGACAGAAGAUUUUAGUGAAAAGGUCUUGGCAUUCACCCGAGGUUCUGGAGCAGAUAUUAUUUUAGAUUGUGUUGGUGGCUCAUACUGGGAGAAGAAUCUCAACUGUCUGAGUACUGAUGGCCGGUGGAUUGUAUAUGGACUACUGAGUGGAGGUGAAGUACACGGCGAUCUGUUUGAAAGGUUGCUUUCCAAAAGAGGGAGUAUCCAUACAAGUCUAUUAAGAUCGCGAGCAAAAGAGUAUAAGGAGCAGCUGGUGAAAGCCUUCACAGAAAACGUGCUGCCGUAUUUCUCCGGCGGGCCCUGCCCUCGUCUCCGGCCGCUGGUGGACAGCGUUUACCCUCUGCCCAAGAUUGCGGAGGCACACAGGUUCAUGGAAGACAACAAGAACAUUGGGAAAAUUGUCAUCGAAAUGCCUCUUUCAUCCUGAUGCUGUAGUUGUCCCGGAAAUAGAGUUGUUACGGAUGUUUCACAAACGAGGACUAGGCCAAAGUCCGGCCGGGCGCAUCUAUA